UUGUCCCCAACACCCUUCCAAAAUCUCCUCCAUUUGUCUCCAUAUUCAUUGCUCUCAAUCCAAAACCCUUCUCUCACUGACAGGCUCAUUUUCUGCAACCUAUCUCAGCCUCUCUUAAGAGUUUGCUACUGUUAGUUGCUUGGUGUUGGUUGUUUCAAGUUUGAACCUACAAAGUUAAUUAAUAGACAUAAGAACAAUGGGAAAAGGCUGGACUUUCCUUACCCAACUUCACUCUCUUGCUGGGCCUGUGUUGCAGCUGCUUUACCCCUUGUAUGCAUCAGUGAUGGCCAUAGAGAGCCCAUCAAAACUAGAUGAUGAGCAGUGGCUUGCUUAUUGGAUUAUUUACUCUUUCCUCACUCUCUUGGAGAUGGUUAUCCAACCCGCUUUAGAAUGGUUACCAAUUUGGUAUGAGGUGAAGCUUGUGUUUGUGGCGUGGUUGGUUCUACCACAAUUCAAAGGGGCAGCUUUCUUGUAUGAUAAAUAUGUGAGGGAGCAAAUCCUCAGGUAUAGAGAAGGAAAAGACCAUCAUGAUUCAUCCAGCAAGUCCCCAACUGGCAAAGGCAAGAGCAAGUUUGUGCAGUUCAUGACCCCCAAGAGUGGAGAGCAGGAAGCUUACUGAAGAAAGCAGAGAAGGACAUCCACUUGUUCUUCAAUCUUUGAUUUCUUUUUCUACUUUCGGCCUUUGCUUUAACUUGUUUCUACUGGACUUUUUAACCCAUCAUGUAUAAUUUCGGAGACUUCGGGCUAGUUUGGGAUUGCUGUGACUUUUAAAAAAAACUGCUGCUGCUGUGUUGUGAGAAUAAUUAGCUGUGAAUUAAAACAGUUUCGUGUUUGGUAAAUAAUAUUUUUAAAAGUGCUGUCAGUACAUAAAAUAACUGCAGAGUGUGUUUUGAUCCACAGCAGCUUCUAAAAGCAACCUCUAGGCUGCUUCUAAAAUCUGCUGCCAGUGAUCUAUAACUUUCAAUUAAAGCUGCUUUUUAUUUAUUUACCAAACACAAUAAAAUCUAAAAUUUUGAACAAAAGCUGAUUUUUUUAAAAGCGAAGCAAUCCCAAACGGGGCCUUCGAGGCUUUUGUGACUACCUUCAUGCAUAUUAAUGUAGAUGAGCCAUAUCUAUCAGUAAUCAAGUAUGUGUUGAACUAUUUGAUUAGUUUGUGAUGCCCGCUUCAUUGAUGAUAA